AGAGUUUGUUCGUGGGCGAGUGACAAUGUUCCUCCGUCUCUUUUCCCAGAUUUUAUAAGCUCACACGUCGCAGUGAUCCGAUUUGCGUCGUCAGAGGAGGGAUUUUUAAUUCGCCGAGUGGAGGGAAUAAUUUGCGAUAUCCUGUGACCCAAAAUGGAUCCACAACCGGGCAUGGACAUCAUCACCCCUUUCCCGACAAUAUACCCACCAACCGACGACUACAGUGACCUCAAAGUAAGCCCCGACAAGAAGAAGUGUAACCAGUACGUGCUCCAAAACAAGACCCACUUUAUCUAUGGGGGCUACGAAGGCAUUCCUGAGAACUUGUUGAUUAACUUCUUGGGAUGGAUUCUGCUCAUGUGUCUGUUUACUGUCUUGAGAAAAAAGGCAUGGAAUUACGGUCGUUUGGCGCUUGUUCAGAAGUAUGAGAGUAGGACAAAGCAUCUUGGCUUCAGUCAGUACAAUGUGUGGACACAGAUCUUCUACGGGAAGGACAGCGACAUGGGCAAGAUCGCCGGGGAGAAUGACUCUGUGAGCUCUUUGGAGUUCAACACGCACAUUGACAAAGGGCUGUUUUCGUGGAUUCCGGCCCUGUUCAAGAUCAAAGAUGAGCAAAUCCUAGCAAAAAGUGGUAAGGACGCAGUGCAGUACCUGUCCUUCCAGUCACACAUCAUUGUGUACAUGAUGAUUGUGUGCGUCAUCAGCAUUGUGAUUGUGCUGCCCAUCAACUUCCAGGGGACGCUGGAGGGGGGUGAAAAGGAGUUUGGCCACACGACCCUGGCUAAUCUUGCGCCACAAUGGGUUCACGUGACGCUUGCUUUCCUCUUUCUCCCGCUUGGCAUCUUGUUCACGCGGCGAUUCUCAAAAAAGCUGGAGCUGAGGGAGGUGGCCACCACUGUCUCACGCACCCUCAUGAUCACCCACGUGCCGAGGAGGUCUUGCCACAAAGACACGCUCCUUAGACACUUUCAGGAAGCUUACCCAGAUGUAGAGGUCACAGAUGUGCAGUUUGCAUACAACAUUCGGUCACUCCAAGCUUAUGCAAAAGAAAAGGAAGUGGCUCAUAAUGCAAGGAUAUACUGUGAAUCGUACAUGAAGGAGACUCACAGACGCCUUGAUAUGAGACCAUACAAAGGAGGUGUUGUGUGUGGCUGCUGUGACAUCUUUGGCUGUCCGACGGUGGAUGCCAUUGAGUAUUACACGGAAGAGGAAAAUCGCUUGGCCAAUGAGGUGGAGAACGAAAAGCUGAAGGCCCUCCAGAGGCCAACUGGUGUGGCAUUUGUAACCUUUGAUAGCAUAGAGAAUGCCAAGAGAGUCCUCCAAGACCACAGAGCAAAGUGCGACUGCUUCUACAGCCCUCCCACAUCCUCUGCCUCAGUUGAUCUCAAGCCACACAACUGGAUCAUCAGGGUUGCUCCAGUACCAGAUGAUAUUUAUUGGCACAACCUGUCCGUCACAACGCGUCACUGGUGGCUAAAGGCAAUUCUGAUCAACAUCAUGUUAUUUGUAGUGUUGUUCUUCCUCACAACACCUGCUGUUAUCAAUGUCUGGAAGAUAUUGUUCCCCUCACUGGAAUCAUUAAAAAAAAAAAAAAAAAAAAAAUCAUCAUGUAUAUAUUUUUCCUUCCCUUAGAGCCCAGUGCUGUCAGAGUUCUUGCCCACUUUGCUCCUGUGGACUAUGGCUGCCCUCCUGCCUGUGAUCGUGUCGUACUCGGACCAGUUCAUGUCUCAUUGGACGCGGUCUGCUGAAAACCAUUCCAUCAUGAGGAAGACCUUUGUGUUCCUUCUGUUCAUGGUCAUUAUCCUGCCCUCUCUAGGACUCACCAGUGCUAAAGGUUUCAUGGAAUGGCUCAUCCAAUCCCAGUCUCAGAACGAGACCUUCCGCUGGGAAUGUAUCUUUCUCCCUGAUAAUGGUGCAUUCUUCGUCAAUUACAUCAUCACCUCGGCAUUCAUUGGAACAUCGCUUGAGUUGAUUCGAUUCCCAGAGUUGUUUAUGUACAUGGUUCGGCUUGGGCUGUCAAGGCAAAUCCGAAGCACCGCAAGCGUUAGAAACUAUCUCUAGUUUUUGGUGUCCGCUAUGCUACUUAUUUUCGCCAUGACCAUCAUUUACUCUGUUUCCUGUCCUCUUAUCACACCUUUUGGUACUCUGUAUAUGAUCUUCAAACACCUGGUUGACAAGUAUAAUAUAUACUUUGCCUACGGACCUUCGAGAAUUAACAAGAACAUCCAUACCUCAGCCAUUAAUUUUGUGAUAGUCUCGAUUGUUUGUCUGCAGUUAAGCCUGCUGUUCUUCUCUCUUGUGAGGCAAGGGUUGAAAAAAGAUAUAACUAUAUACAGCAUUAUUUUGCUCAUUAUAACAUGCGUUGUAUUUAUCACACACAAUGCAUUCCAUUGGUUCAAGGAUCUCAGCCCAGUGGAAUACAAGAAAUUUGGAAAUGGAACUGCCAAUGGAGAUACUGCAUCAGUCAAUGAUGAUGAAAGCACAACAGAAGUGGCAUGCCAGUUUGUGCCAGCAGUCUUACGAGAUGCUCCUAGUGGAGUGGAGAGCAGCUAUGACUACAUAAACCAGCCGCGGAGCUAUGGGACACGGCCCAGAGAUGAAAACGGGCUGACUAACGAGGCAGCUGUUAGGAGUGAUGAAGAUAGCCCGCGGCCCAGACAAUCUAGUCUCUAUCAAGAUUAUUCCCAUGCGAAGGUGACGACAAUAAGUGCUGAGAUCAACGUACCCCCCUCACAGUCGAAGGGAGAAGAGGAGCAAGAGGAGGAGGAGGAAGAGACUGUGUACACCCGAGCAUCCCCCAGACAACCCUCACCAACGGUCAUCACUGUCGAUGGCACCAUAACUGCGCCUGGCUCAUCACCGACAACCCAGAGCAACCAAAGACUCGUGUACUCCAGCCUUAGUGACGACAGUGCACCCGCAACCAAUGUUUAGGUCUCUUAAGUGCUUCAUUGCCACCUAGUGCAAAAAAAAAGGAAAAAAAGGGGGGUGAUGAAGAAAGUAAAAUAAAGAAAACAGAUAGAUAAAAACAAAAUACAUAAGCUUUCCGUGGUUUACUUGUGCAUACUGUGUGUAAGUGAUAUAGGAUAGUUGAUAUUGAAUUACUCCCGGGGGGGGAAUGGUCCACAUUAGGUGUUCACACAUGUCAGUCAGGGGAUUGUUGGGCUGGGAAGAUGCCAUUGCUGUUUGAUCUGAUUGUGUGUUUCUUUUUACAUUAGCCAUUGAUGUUUUAAUAAUUGUAAAUAGGGUUCUGAGGAA